AUGCAAAUUUGCAUGACACGGGGAUGCACAGAAAAACACGUAAAUACCCCAAAUUUCCCUCCAUAAGCUUUGAGGUGGGGCGGUGAAGCCAAUCAUGUCUCGACUGAAGCUGUAUUAUGACUUAAUGUCACAACCAUCCAGAGCAGUAGUGAUGUUCUGUAAGCUUGCCAACAUACCAUAUCAAGAUCACCCUGUUGCUUUGCGUAAAGGCGAGCACCGCAGUGACAAAUACUUGGCAGAGGUAAAUCCGUUCGGACUAGUCCCGGCCAUCAAUAAAGAUGGCUUCAGGCUCACUGAAAGUGUGGCUAUCCUGCGCUUCCUGUGCCGGGAGUAUCCGGUGGCGGACCAUUGGUACCCGAAGGACUCGCAGGCCCAGGCCCGCGUUGACGAGUACCUCGAGUGGCAGCACGCCAACACCCGGCUCCAGUGCGCCAUGUACUUCCAGACUAAGUGGCUGAUCCCGAUGAUGACGGGUGAGCCGGUCAACGAGAAGCGUAUGAAGAACUUUCAGGCGGGCAUGGAGCGGGUGUUGGACCAGCUUGAGACGGUGUGGCUGAAGGAGACGCCGUACAUUGCCGGCCAGACCAUCACGGUGGCGGAUGUUCUGGCGGCCUGCGAACUGGAGCAGCCCACGAUGGUGGCGUAUGACGUGACGGCCGGCCGGCCGCGGCUGGCUGCCUGGCUGGAGCGUGUGCGCACCGACUGUCAGCCCCACUACGAGCAGGUGCACACCAUGUGCCGCAGGAUCCGAGACAAGUUCGGCGGCGCCACCGAGGCCAAACUGUAACGGGCAGGCGCCGGUCGGCCGUGCGAGGGCUGCCAGGCCCGCAUCGGACGUGCGUGUGGCGUUGUGCCGUAGUGCGGCCGUACCGGGGAGAUGACGGUUGCAAUGUAGUGGGUUUGGGGCGGACGCCGGUGAUGAUGGCCGAGAGAGAUUGGCUUAGAAUAUGACUUUAAGAUAGGGCGUGUUUUUAGAAGCUACUUGACGCAGUUGACUGUAAUGCUGUAUGACGUGCAGUCUUAUCUCACCGCAUUGUAUGCCAGAAUUGGGAAGUGUGCAUCCAUGAAUUAGGUAAAUGUCGAGAUGGGCAUGCAGCCUGCACUCUGAUAUUCCGGCUCAGGCACGGUCGUGCGUACUGAUUAACUGCCUUCCAAUGUCAGAUGCGCUUGUUAAAUUGUAUGUAAUUUCUGGUGCUGCGCAGAUAACGCGGCCAAUACAUGUGUUUUUUUGUGGGCAAAUAUUUGUUCUGGUCGUGUUGCACUCCGCGAACAUGCAAAUCGUUCAUCAGCCAGCCAAUGUGUCAGCCAGCUCGCACUCUUUGUCUAUUGAUUUGAUCGUAGCUGCCCGUUCGCAAGAGUCCGGUUGUGCUCAAAUGUCCGAGGGACAUGCGUUCAGACUGCAGUCUACGUAAGGUGCGUGGGCCUCGCCGCUGUUCGAAACCUUAGUUUUAGCGUGGAAAGACUCGGAUGGCAGUGAGACCAGUGUUCUCAUUACACAUGGUUUGUGGCCUGCAUACGGAUUUCACCACUCAAUGGGGCUAUUGCAACACCAGGGAAUAAUUUUGCACCAGUGUGUUAAUAAAAGUGUAUCUUGGUUC